AUGAACCAAUUGAAGGAAGAGACAAAGAAAGAUAAAGUAAUGAAAGUGCUACGACAGGACGCAGAAAAUGGAUGGCCAGUUCUACGCAGUAAAGUCGAUUUGGAUGUUUUUAAUUACUGGGACUUUAGAGAGACUCUUUCAGUACAAGAUGACCUACUGUUUAAAGGAGAUCGAGUAAUAAUUCCUGAGUCAUUAAGAACUGAUAUGUUGAAAGCUAUACAUCCAAGACAUUUUGGAUCUGAAUCAUGCAAACGUAGGGCUCAAGACUGUUUAUAUUGGCCAAAGAUGAACUUAGAAAUAGAAGCAGAAGUUAGAAAGUGUGAAAUCUGCGAUGCCCAUAAGAGUCAUCAACAAAAGGAGUCUCUACAAUCACAUACUGUACCACAUCGACCGUGGAGUAAAGUUGGAGCAGACCUCUUUGAAUUGAAUGGUAGAAGCUAUCUUCUUAUGGUAGAUUACUACAGUGGAUUCUUUGAAAUUGAUUACUUGAGUAAAGAAUUUCGUGCAUUCUCGUUACAGUAUGGAUUUAAACAUACAACAAGUUCACCAGGAUAUCCAAGAAGUAACGGCAUGUCAGAACGUGCUGUGCAGACAGCAAAAGCAAUCAUAAAGAAAGCAAAAUAUGAUAACACCGAUCCUUAUUUAGGACUCCUUAAUUAUAGAAAUACACCUAGAGAUGAUAUUGUUGGCAGUCCAGCUCAGCGACUAAUGAGACGAAGAACUAGGAAAUUACUACCAAUAUCAGAGAAGUUACUUGAAUUUCAACCAUUAAACCCUGUUAAUGUUUAA